CAGAGGCCUGACUAUGCCCUAAGUUCUGGUGGAGCUCAGAUAUAUUAUUGGAUGACAUCACCCACAUACAAAGAAAAGCCAGCUACUAAAUUGGCAAGGUUGUUUAAUUGGUUGGUUGGGGGUCCUGUCAAGAUAGAAUUUCAUCCACCCUCUGUUGCUUUGGAUCCUGACACAAACGUAGGAAGAUGUUGGGCCAUGGAAGGACAGAGAGGCAGUCUUGGAAUUUUUCUGGCUCAAAAAAUCAUUAUUGACGAAUUGGUGAUAGAACAUACUGAUCCAAGCAUGGCAUUUGAGUUGGAGUCAAUUCUUCAGAAAUUUGAACUUUUUGGACUGAGUGAAAUGCUUACUAGUCCUGUUAAGCUAGGGGAAGGGGUUUUCAACAUUUCCAGUGCACAUAUCCAACACUUUUCUAUACAACCUCAAAUUCCUGUGGUCAUAGUCAUAUUCAAUGUUCUCUCCAAUCACGGGGACCCAGAUUUCACAUGUAUAUAUAAGUUAAGGAUUCAUGGACAGAUGGUGUGA